CUCAGUACUGUUACACCGUGUAGGAGCAGUUUGGACCUACUCAGUACUGUUACACCGUGUAGGAGCAGUGUGGACCUACUCAGUACUGUUACACCGUGUAGGAGCGGUUUGGACCUACUCAGUACUGUUACACCGUGUAGGAGCAGUUUGGACCUACUCAGUACUGUUACACCGUGUAGGAGCAGUUUGGACCUAGUUGCCUUAUUGGGAUAACUGUUUGUUUGAUUUUCUAAAUGUGCAGGAGUAAAUUGUUUUAAAUUCUCACCCAUUAAAGAUAUUCGCUAAUCGACACAUGCUUUUCUUUAUACGUCUCAAUAUAAUUAUAUUAUAUCAUUAAAUAAAUUAAAAAUCUAAUUAAGUGUCUCAAAAUAAAAUAAAUAUUUCCCUUGACUGUGUUACCCUCCCACCCAGCAGGUGGCGAUGUGCUUGUUUCAGGCAAUGCUGCCAAUGUGACGUAUAUUCUAAUGGACGGGACUCUUCUUCAACAACAACAGCGAGUCAUUCACCUCAAAUGCUCUCUAGCCAACAUAGCCGAAAACAUUUCAGCUCUUUAAAUACUUCGUUGUAUAUUAACCACUGUGUUUUAAACACACUUGUCGUAUCUAUUAGCUAGUUACACCAUUUAAUUGAAUAUUUACGUUGUUGUUAGUCAGCUAGCUAGCUAGCUGGCUGGGUAAAUUAGCAGUAGUGCUAGUCUAGUCACUAAUGCUAACUAGCUAACAUCCCGACCAUGAGUUCACUAAACGACUCCCCCACUUCUAAAGAGGGGAUCUGCUGGACGGAGAAAGAUACUCUGGGGCUGAACAUUGUCUUGAAAGAGGAGAAGGAAGAAGAGGAUGUGACAGUGAAACAAGAAACAGAGGUUGAGGCUGUUACAGUGAAAGAAGAAGAGAAAGAAGUUACAUUGACAGAAGACGAAGACGCGUUCAGAGUGAAAGAGGAGGAGGAUGUUACAGUAAAAGAGGAGGAAGAGAAAGAGGAGGUGACUGUCACAGUGAAAGAAGAGGAAGAAGUUUUUGGCAUGAGGGAAGUGGGGGAGAUUACUGUCACAUUGGAGGAAGAAGAGGAAGAGACAGGAGAUCUGAUUAACAGCAGAGAGAGACCAGACUCUCACUCUGACAGCAGUAAGAGUCCUUCAGAGGAACCAGACCCAGAGACUCCCAAACCAGUGAGACGACACCACUGCUCCAAGUGUAAUAAGAGUUUCAAGUUGUCAUUGAACCUAAAAGAGCAUGAGAGAAAACACACAGGACGAAAGCCUUUCCACUGCUCCCAGUGUGGAAAGAGAUUUUCACGAUCACAGAACCUAAAAAAACAUAGUAGAAUACACACAGGAGAAAAGCCUUACCAUUGUUCCCAUUGUGGAAAGAAUUUUAGGUUGUUGGAUAAGCUGAAGGAACAUGAGAGGACACACACAGGGGAGAAACCUUACCAUUGCUCCUUGUGUGGAAAAAGUUUUUCCCAGUUAGCUAACCAAAAAGAGCAUGAAAGGAAACACACCGAAGAAAAGCCUUUCCAAUGUUCCCAGUGUGGAAAAAGAUUUUCCCGAUCACAGAACCUAAAAAUACAUCAGAGGACACACGCAAGGGAGAAAACGUAUCUCUGCUCCCAGUGUGGAAAGUGUUUUACCCAGUUAUGGAGCCUGAACAAACAUAAUAGAAUACACACAGGAGAAAAACCUUACCACUGUUCCCAUUGUGGAAAGAGUUUUGGGUUGUUAGGUAACCUAAAAGAGCAUGAAAGGAAACACACAGGAGAAAAGCCUUUCCAAUGUUCCCAUUGUGGAAAGAGAUUUGCACGAUCACAGCAACUAAAAUCACAUGAGAGGACACACACAGGGGAGAAACCAUACCACUGCUCCCAGUGUGAAAAAAGUUUUGCGCAGUUAGCGAGCCUGAACAAUCAUAAGAGAAUACACACAGGAGAAACGCCUUACCCCUGUGCCCAUUGUGAAAAGAGAUUUUCACGACCACAGGAACUAAAAUCACAUGAGAGGACACACACAGGGGAGAAACCAUACCACUGCUCCCAGUGUAAAAGGAGUUUUUCGCUGUUAGGGAGCCUGAACAAACAUAAUAGAAUACACACAGGAGAAAAGCCUUACCAUUGUGCCCAUUGUGGAAAGACCUUUUCACGAUCACAGGACCUAAAAUCACACGAGAGGACACACACAGGAGAAAAGCCUUACCCCUGUGCCCAUUGUGGAAAGACAUUUUCACGAUCACAGGACCUAAAAUCACAUGAGAGGACACACACUGGGGAGAAACCGUAUCAUUGCUCCCUGUGUGGAAAGGAUUUUUCUCAUUUAGGGAGCCUGAACAAACAUAAGAAGGCAAUGCACUCUUGAUUGAAGCCUUACCCAUGUUCCCAUUCCCAGGCUGUGUUCUGACUUAUGUUUGAUUGUUGUUUUAUGCCACAUGAAAUAAUAUUGUUUAUAUUGUGGCAAAGAAGGGGGUCGAGUGAUAAAUGGCAGAUAUGUGAGAGCAGAACUAAUAAACGGGCUCUGCCCGAUCACUAAAAUGGCCACCCCGAUCAGAACUACAUAUCACAAAAUGGCCGACUGCCAAAACUACAAGUCCCAGAAGCAAGAGGAACCCUCAGAAGGUGGAGCCGACACAGAGAUAAAGGGUCAAGAAAAACCAGGAAGAGGAAGAGAGUGCUGGAAGGAUCUAUGAACCGUAGAGAAAGAGACAAUAGAUAUUGGCUGGAUUUACCGUCUAUGAGCUGGGACUGUUUUGGACUUACCUGUUGGCGUUUGGACCUGGAACUACCGAGAACCCGAUUCGUGUACCGGACCCUGCUAUCCUUGACCUUGCCUACGACCUGGGUGGACCAGGACGGAGAAACAAACACACAGUUACUGUCCUGUUCGAAAGAACUCUCAUUCUGGGGUAAUUUGGUGACAGUUUCCCACUUAAUUUGUGACAAACGCUCAUAACCUUGAAGAGGUUUGCCACAAUAUGAAAUAUAUAUAUAAUCAAGAAUAGGCCUGUUUUAUUUUUUUUCUCUGGAGACAUGAGUAUGUCUAAAAUCAGAUUAUAAUUUUAAAAUGUAUUUUGUUUUGAUUCAACACGUUGAUAGAUUGGAUACAUGUUAGAACCCUUAGAUGUUAAUGACAUGAUUUGGAUAUUUUAAAAUGUAAAUUGUUAAUUGGAUGAAUAUUGUGUGUAUUUCUUGAUUCUGACCUAGAAUCUUCAGGAAAUGUAAUUUCUGUUUCAUUUAGUUCAUUUGUGUUCUAGUCUUCAAGCUAAAGAUGUAUGAAAAUGGGAUGAUUUUCUGAUAAUGUUGUUGACAUGAAAAACAUUCACGACCUCCUGAAUAUUCCCAUCGGUAUUAUUACAGAGAGAACACAGGUGCUAAGAUUGUAAAACACAUUUGAUUAAUGUAACAUUUUUUAUCUGAAUAAAAGUAUAAUGAAUA